CUCACACACGCUCUCUCAGUCAGUGGCUCUCCGCUGCUGAAAAUGAUUCGUGUUGCGUUGUGUCGCGUUCGCAUUGUUUAUAAAACAAAUUAAUUAUAUUUAUUAUUAGUUUAAGUGGUAAAGUGGUUGAAAUUGUGCAAUGCAGCUGCACGCGCCGCGCAAAUGCGUAAGAGCAUGAGAUAUGCUAGCUGCCAAGUCGUCGUCGUGGUCGUCGCUGCCGCUGUCGACGCCGAACUCGUCGCGCCAGCUAAUGAAAAAUAUACGUAGAGAAAAAUGCUUAAAUAUAUUAUAAAAAAUUGAAUCAAAAUAACCAAAAAGUGGCGUCAAACGUUUAAUAUAUGUAUAUGUGUGUUCAGUUCAUGCAAGUGAAAUGUGUAUGGAAAAGUUGCGCGCAAAGACGUCGCGACCAACAGCAGCAACAACAACAACAACAACAACAACAACAGUACCAGAGAAAGAGAGAGAGAUAGAGAGCGCGAGAGAGGGGCUGCUGCGGCGACCGUAACAAACCCAACAAUAACAAAUAAAAAGAAACAGAACAAAAUGCGCUUAGACUAAGGAAGAAAUAAUAAAGAAGCAUCACUUGCUUAAACGCCCGCACCCCUCCCACCCGUAAGCAAACGACUUACCAAAUUAACUUCUAGUGGAUCCAGCACCAAAACAUCACAAAACCCAGCAGCAAACGCAGCACCCAGUCAGCACCCCAGCUGGACUCUUGUCAGCAUGCAGGCUAAAAAGCGUUACAUACUGGUCUUUGUCUCGUGCGCAUUUCUGGCCUAUUGCUAUUUUGGCGGCUACAGGCUGAAAGGGGCGCCGCAUCGACCACGGCGCGCCCAGCACGAAUCGGCCAAGGAUGGUGGUGUUCAACCGUACGCACAACUGCCCAGCUUUAUGGGCUAUGAACAACGCCAGCCGCUGUCCAAUGAGUCGACGGCUGUUGCUGUCGCUGCCAAAAAGAAGCCGCCAGCGGCUGCUUGCCGCAUGGAGACGUGCUUCGAUUUUACCAAAUGCUAUGAUCAGUUUCUGGUCUACGUUUACCCGCCGGAGCCGUUGAACUCGCUGGGCGCCGCACCGCCCAGCUCGGCCAACUAUCAGAAGAUACUCACUGCCAUACAGGAGUCGCGGUAUCAUACCAGCGAUCCCGCCGCCGCCUGCCUCUUUGUGCUGGGCAUCGAUACGCUGGACCGCGACUCGCUCUCUGAGGAUUAUGUGCGCAAUGUGCCAUCGCGUCUGGCGCGCCUGCCGCAUUGGAAUAAUGGACGCAAUCACAUCAUCUUCAAUCUGUAUUCGGGCACCUGGCCGGACUAUGCCGAGCACUCGCUUGGCUUUGAUGCCGGCGAAGCCAUUCUGGCCAAGGCCAGCAUGAGUGUACUUCAAAUGCGUCACGGCUUCGACGUUAGCAUUCCGCUCUUCCACAAACAGUUUCCCUUGCGCGCCGGCGCCACCGGCUCUGUGCAGUCCAACAAUUUUCCCGCCAACAAAAAGUAUUUGCUGGCAUUUAAGGGCAAGCGCUACGUUCAUGGCAUUGGCUCCGAAACGCGCAACUCGCUCUUCCAUUUGCAUAAUGGACGUGAUAUGGUUAUGGUGACCACAUGCCGGCACGGCAAGAGCUGGCGCGAGCUGCAGGAUAAUCGCUGCGAUGAGGAUAACCGCGAGUAUGAUAGAUACGACUAUGAGACGCUGCUCCAGAAUUCAACGUUUUGUUUGGUGCCGCGCGGACGUCGCUUGGGCUCCUUCAGAUUUCUCGAAGCAUUGCAGGCGGGUUGCAUCCCGGUGCUUUUGUCCAACGCCUGGGUAUUGCCAUUUGAAUCGAAAAUCGAUUGGAAACAGGCCGCCAUUUGGGCCGACGAACGGCUCCUGCUGCAGGUGCCCGACAUUGUUCGCUCCAUUUCAGCGGAACGCAUCUUUGCCCUGCGCCAACAGACUCAGGUACUUUGGGAGCGCUACUUUGGCUCCAUAGAGAAAAUCGUCUUCACAACAUUCGAGAUCAUUCGCGAACGACUUCCCGAUUAUCCGGUGCGCAGCAGCCUCGUCUGGAACUCAGCGCCGGGCGCCCUUCUCACACUUCCCACAUUUGCCGAUAGUUCUAGAUUUAUGCCCUUCCUGCUCAAUGCGAUGGGUGUGGAGCCGCGUCACAACUACACGGCCGUUAUCUAUGUCCAAAUUGGCGCCGCCCUCGGCCCCAAUGCGGCGCUCUACAAACUAGUCAGGACCAUUACGAAGAGCCAAUUUGUGGAUAGAAUACUUGUCCUGUGGGCCGCCGAUCGACCGCUGCCACUUAAAAAACGCUGGCCGCCCACCUACCACAUACCCCUGCAUGUUAUUGCCCUGGGGGGCAGCAGUCGUGGGGCGGCAGCGUCGCCCACUGCGCAAACAGGCCAGGAGGGAAGACCCAGCAUAUCACAGCGAUUCCUGCCCUACGAGGAGAUACAGACAGACGCUGUGCUCUCGCUUGACGAGGAUGCCAUACUCAAUACGGAUGAGCUAGACUUUGCCUACACGGUCUGGCGAGACUUUCCGGAACGCAUUGUGGGCUAUCCGGCGCGAGCGCAUUUCUGGGAUGACUCCAAGAAUGCCUGGGGCUAUACGUCCAAGUGGACGAACUACUACUCGAUCGUACUGACAGGGGCGGCGUUUUAUCAUCGCUACUACAACUACUUGUACACCAAUUGGCUGUCGUUGCUGUUAUUAAAGACUGUACAGCAGUCCUCCAACUGCGAGGAUAUCCUAAUGAACCUGCUGGUCUCGCACGUGACCAGAAAACCGCCGAUCAAGGUGACGCAGCGCAAGGGUUACAAGGAUCGGGAGACGGGUCGCUCCCCAUGGAAUGAUCCCGAUCAUUUCAUACAGCGACAGAGUUGUCUCAACACAUUCGCGGCGGUAUUUGGCUACAUGCCGCUCAUACGUUCCAACUUGCGCAUGGAUCCCAUGUUGUAUCGCGAUCCGGUCUCCAAUUUGCGCAAAAAGUAUCGCCAGAUCGAGUUGGUUGGCAGCUAGCGAUAUGUGCAAAUUGGCAAUAGCUACAAGCGUUAAGAGUACUGAGAUUCCCUACCCGCACACACACACACACACACAUACGCACACAGACAUCCACACACAUCUAUGCCACGCGCAGACAG